GCUGGUUAAGUUUCAGUUUUGUUUCCUCACAGGCUUGCACUCACUGUCUGUGGCGCGCUUUCUUUACAAGCCUGCUAUUUGUAUUCUUCUCUGAAUAAUAGCGUUCUGUUAUGGCUUCCAUCGUGUCUUCCCUGGACAGUGAGAAGGAGCUGAGGCUGCAGAGGUUUUUCUCCAGUCCUGUUCGUUUUCAUCUUCUGUACAAGAGCAGUCAUCAUGGAGCCACCGUCAGUCAGCUCCUCUCCAGUUUCGACACAUCUGGCAAAUUUUUACUUGCAGUGUUUCUGCAGUCAGGGUCAGUCAGAGGAGCUUUCAUGAGUAAAUCCCUGAAAUAUGGAUCUGAGUUCUCCGACACUGAGGCAUUUGUGUUUGAAAUGGAUGAACACAGUGCCGAACAGUUCCUGGUGAUAAACCCAGCCAAAGCUGUCGAGGUUUCAAACAUUCAAAACACUGGGUACCGCAAAAGUUUGCACGCUACAAACCUGCAGACUGCAAGUAUUUCUUUUGGAAACUGCAUUACCUUACACUCUGAUAACAGCCGCAUGUAUGUGAGCUUCUGCACAGAUGUGACUUAUGGUACAACAUGGCCGCAGGAGAGCAACAUUUGCUGUGUGGACGUGGAGCUGCACCGUGUCCAAGAUGUGGUUAGUUUUUUACCUACUCCUUGGAGAGAAGUGUCCUGGACAGAUACGACAAGGGAAAGCCUAAGGCAGGAAUUUGUCUCUUACAAGCUGCCGUCGAAGUAUCCGGUGUCACGGGUGAAGGUUUUGCUUUUGGGCCCUGUGAGUUCUGGGAAGUCCUGCUUCAUCAACUCCAUCAGAUCCACCAUGUACAAGCGGAUUGUUCAUCUGCCCAACGUCGGCACAGCAGUAAACGGGUUCACCAAGAAGCUGAAUAUCUAUAAUAUCCUUGGAGAGAAAGGAGGUUCUCCCACUGUUUUGAGUCUCUUUGAUGUGAUGGCAAUAGGAGAUGAUGACUCUACUGGUCUCUCUUUCUCCGAUGCACUGGCUGUCAUCAAAGGCCACGUCCCAAAAGGAUACAAGUUCCAGCCUGAUGUUCCAGUCACUGAUGCAGUAAGUGGCUACAAAGCAAAUCCUUCCCUAAAUGAGCAGGUUCACUGCGUCCUCUUCGUGCUUGAUGCCUUCAAAUUGACAUCAUACCCCAGCAGCCUGAAGUCCACACUUAGGAAGCUGAACACCACCAUAUCAGACCUGGGAAUCCCUCAGCUGAUUUUGCUCACUCAUGUGGACCAGGUGUGUCCAGCAGUACAGGAGGACUUGAAGUAUGUCUACUCCAGUCGAACUGUGCAGGAUAAGAUGCAGAAAGCAGCCGAGUUGGUGGGAUUGCCAUUGUCCUACGUGCUGCCAGUGAAAAACUACAUUGCCCAGCUGACAGUGGACUACAAGACUGACAUCCUGCUCCUGAGUGUGGUUAUGUCCAUCCUACAGUCUGUGGAUGACACACUCGAGGACCAGUAUCCCUCUACACCAACUUGUAGCCCUGUAGACUUGAAUCAGGAGGAAAAAAAUGUGGUCAGCAUAUAGGCUUUUAUGUCGAUAAGAUACAGUAAACAGUUAACAAUACAUAUAUCAACAUUUCAUUCAUUUAUAUCACUUAUAUAUAAUUAUGUAUUUUAUUUUAUAGUCUACAAUCAGUCCUGGCAUUGUUGAAAAAUUUACAUUGUGGGAACAUAACUGUAUUCAUUACUGAAUUCAUGAUUUUUAUUUUGACAUAUAGGUUUUUUUUUUUUGUUACCUUCCUGGUCCUUUCUUCAAUCAUUUAUUGGUUUGUUUCACUAAUAUGCUCAUCUGCUUCCUAUUAACUCUCAUUUGUCUCCGUGUAUAUAUACCAGCUCAUGUUCCAGUGUUCUUUGUGAGUAUUCGAUGGCAAAUACCAUUUCAUUUUGAUUUCGAAAGAUUAUUUUUUUCUUUUUGAUUGUUGUGAUAAACUGUGCUAACACUGGAGACCUCUUCCAUAAAUGUUAAAUAAACAUAAUAUCAACAAUUAUACAAUUUCCUUUGUUAAAUUAGAGCACUGUUUUUUUUUAAUUUAUUACUAGCCUUAAAUCAUGUAGAUCAUCAGCUAUACAAGUUCUUCUGUACGUCGUUACUACAGAAGCGAAAAUAAUACGGGCGCAUCAAUAUAAACCUGUGAUUCACUAUUGUCAGAGCUGCUGUUGAAAAUGAAUCAACACUUUAAUAACAGAACAGAGAUUUCAGCAUUUCUUUGGUAUAAGUAGUAACACUGAGCCGCAUGUGCUGUGGAAGCUGAUCUGUUUGAGCAGAAUGUACAGAUUAGGAGGUAAGCAAGCUGGACAGACUAAAAGAUUUAAGCCCUGCUGCAUCACUCUCUUUAGGUAGAGAUGAAAUGAGGACUAAAUCCCACUGGCACCUCUAUCAGCAAGUAGUCGAACGGCAUUGUGGGUAAAUGCAUAAAAAUGUUAACCAAAGUGAAAAUAAAUCAAAAUGUCGAUGAAGGAAGUUUAAACGAAAUUAAUCUGUUUAUCAUUGAUGCCAUUAAAAAUCACAUGUUGAUUAUAAAGAUUAAUAUGCAAGUUAUUCAGGGUGGAUUUUCCCUUUAAUGGCUCAGGAUGGUGAGCCAUAUAGCUGUCCUCAGUGCACUUUGCUUUGAAAUUAGGGCAUGAAAACAAAAAAAUAGGCAACAGAAUACACCCAAAACUACUAUUCAGAAAGCAAAGUCUUUGUUAUCAAGUGUUUUUAACAAGAAAGCACCAGUAGGUGGAAACAUUCACAUGCUGCAUCCAUUGAAAAAAUGCUUUGACUGUUAAGAAUUCAGAGACUGUUAGGAGACUUAACAGCUAGAAUGUGCUCUGUGGUCUGACUUAAGAUAAAAAUCAGAAAAAAAGUAACCAAUGCUCAAAUGCUUAGAUUACGCUGACAUUUUAAAUGGCAAGACUGUGGGAUUAUCACUACUUCUGUAGUGUUUUUUUCAGUCACUCUGUUUGUCCUUCAACCACAAUACAUUAUAUAUUUAAGUCCUUAAAUAUAUAUUGUAUUUUUUGCUGUAAGUAGCCACUAUGACAUGGUGAUUCUUCCGCCA